AUGACUGCUAAAAAAUUGAAAGCAGCAUCCAUGGAUACGUCUAAAUCGUCAAGUGAAAAAGGCAAAGAAAAAUCCGAACUUGAUGGACAUGGCCUGAAACUGAUGGCCGAAAUCAAUAGUCAAGAGAAAACUGAAACUGAUGAUCAAGAUGAACCGUUGGAGCGCGCUUUAAAAAGUCGAAAACUCAAAGCUGAACAGGCUAGAAUUGACAAAAGUAAGUUAUUAUGA